AUGGCUCCAAUUACCUCUAGAAAGCAAAAGGUUACCAAGACUUUCACCGUCGACGUUUCUUCCCCAACCGAAAACGGUGUUUUCGACCCAGCUUCUUACGCUAAGUACUUGAUCGACCACAUCAAGGUCGAAGGUCACGUCGGUAACUUGGGUAAUGCCAUCACUGUUGAAGAAGAUGGUUCCGUUGUUACUGUUGUUUCCACCACCAAGUUCUCUGGUAAGUACUUGAAGUACUUGACCAAGAAGUACUUGAAGAAGAACCAAUUGAGAGACUGGAUCAGAUUCGUCUCCACCAAGACCAACCAAUACAAGUUGGCCUUCUACCAAGUCACUCCUGAAGACGAGGAAGACGAAGAGUAA